AUGGCCAACGAUGAUAUCAAAUAUCAAGAGGAAUAUAUUUCAAAUGCACGAGGAUUGAACCUAUUUACAUGCCAAUGGAAUCCUUCAAACGACGAACCAAAAGCUCUCAUCUUCCUAUGCCAUGGAUACGCCAUGGAAUGCAGCAUUUCAAUGAGAGGUACCGGCACACGGCUGGCGAAGGCUGGAUUUGCGGUGCACGGAGUGGACUAUGAAGGCCAUGGAAAGUCUUCAGGACUUCAAGGCUAUAUUAGCAAUCUAAAUGAUGUCGUGGCUGAUUGUUCUACAUACUUUAUAAGUGUUUGUGACAAAGAGGAGCACAGGAGAAAACGGAAGUUCUUGCUCGGUGAGUCCAUGGGAGGCGCUAUCGCGUUGAUGCUUCACAGGAAGGAACCUACCUUUUGGGACGGGGCCAUUUUAGUCGCCCCCAUGUGCAAGAUCGUAGAAGAUAUGAAGCCUAGUCCCAUGGUGAUUACAAUCUUAAGCAAGCUCAGUAAUGUAAUCCCUACAUGGAAGAUUAUUCCUAGUGAAGACAUCAUUGAUAGGGCAAUUAAAAGCGUGGAAUGGCGUGAAGAGGUCAGAAACAAUCCUUAUUGCUAUAAAGGAAGGCCUAGGCUUAAGACUGGUUAUGAAAUUUUUAUGGCAAGCUUGGAUAUUGAAAGCAAUCUUGAAAAGGUAACCCUGCCAUUCAUUAUAGUCCAUGGUGGUGCUGAUGCUGUGACUGACCCAGCAGUAAGCGAGGCACUAUAUACAUUAGCUGAGAGUAAAGACAAGACGCUGAAGCUCUAUCCAGGGAUGUGCCAUGCUUUGACUUCCGGUGAACCAGAGAACAACAUUGACAUUGUGUUUUCAGAUAUCAUUCAGUGGCUUGAUGAGAGGGCAUUGGUUCAAAAUGAAUCAUAACUAAUAUUACAGAGCCUAAAAUUGUUAAUAUACUCCCUGUUGCCAAAGCAGUGAGUAUGAGGUGACCCAGGGUAUAUAUAUAUGCCACAUCGAGCCAAGAUCUAGAAUGUACUUACUUACAUUAAAU